AUUUACAAACCGAACAAUCACUACCUUUCUCAUAUCGGCUAUAUUGUGCGAAAAGCGGGAUGCAUGAGAUCUUAUAGUGCAAGAUCCAUGGAAAGAACAAUUGACAAAUAUUCCAAAUUGAUUAAAGUUGUUCGAACAGCUUGCGAUAUCGAAACCCUUCUUUUGGAGACAAAUGGGCCGUUCAAUCACAUCGACCUACCCAAACUCUCUUUUGAUAAUAGUAAAGGAAUGUUUGGACUAUUAUUCAUGCAAUGUACACGCCGGAAAAAACGCUGGGAAUAUGGUGGAAAGACUCUCGAUUCGUGGAUAUAUAAAUUUGGCUUUAGACACAGUCAGUUUGUUGGAUACAAUCACGGCAACAAAAACAUCACCGGAUGAUUUUAUAGAGCUGCCGCUUACAGCAAUCCACAACCAAAAUCAUCAGCUAUGGAGCCCGUUCACCUUAUUUUCUCAAGACAUGGUCGAAUCGGUCCCCAUUGAUACGUUUCUUCGAGAGCUAAAAAUUUAUUACAGCCGUUCAACAACAUUGCCUCUCUCUCAUAUCACCAUUAACAAUAUGAACUUCAAAAUUGCUGCCCGCGCACUUUUGUACAGCCUUGUAAUAAGUUCCAAAAUGUACCGUAGAAUCCGAUCGGAACAUCGCCGUGGAAAUCACUUUGUACUAUUCAAUGCAAGCUAUAAAUCCAAAACUUGUUGGUACAUUGGGGCGUUGCUUUUUUACUUCGAGCACAACAACUCAUCCGAUACUCAAAACGCACAAUUGGUUUUUGUUGAAGUAGUUUUUCUAAUAUCCUUAACCACCCAAACAUUUUUUAACAGUAAUAAUAUUGUUCUUUACCCUUCUUUACAAAAUAACAUGGCAAGUAACACGACAAAUAACAUUACUUACAGCGCAAACGGUACCCCUGUGGUGCAAUCCGCUCAAACUGCAGCAUCUGCCUUUAUUGCCCCUCCUAAAAGACGUACUGGUGACAACCAACGCAUUGCUGUGCUCGAGGGUCGUAUGGAUGCAUAUGAACGAAGAAAUCGACUUGUUGGUGAUAGAAUAGGAAUUAUUGUUAUCCACAUACAUAUACAUAUGUCUUUUCC